AUGGAGCCCUCGUCUAGUACCUCUAUUUCAGAAUUCCUUCUCCUUGGACUAACUAAUGAUCCUCGGCUCCAACCCCUUAUCUUCAGUCUCUUCUUGUGCAUAUAUCUGGUCACUGUGCUAGGAAACCUGCUCAUCAUUUUGGCUGUCAGCUCUGACAUAAACCUACACACACCCAUGUACUUUUUUCUCUCUAGUCUUUCCAUUAAUGACAUCUGUUUAAACACAAACACAAUACCAAAGAUGCUUAUGAACCUCAUAACCCAGAAUCAAAGCAUAACUUACAUAGCUUGUCUUACAAAAGUUUUGUUUGUGUUGGUUUUCACUGGACUGGAAAACUGUCUCCUAGCUGUGAUGGCCUGUGAUCGCUAUGUGGCCAUUUGUCACCCUCUGAGGUACUCCACAAUUAUAAACCCUUCUUCAUGUAUCCUUAUGGUUCUAAUUUCUCUGUUUUUUAGCUUUGUGUUUGGGCUCUUGCACACUCUCAUGGUUCUUCGCUUGUCUUUCUGCACUGACAUUAAAAUGUCACAUUUCUUCUGUGAACUUGCUCAGCUCCUUAAACUUGCAUGUUCUGAUAUACUCAUUAAUAACAUCUUGGUAUAUUUUGCAUCACUUGUAUUUGGUGGCAUUCCUAUCUCUGAGAUAAUUUUCUCUUACACACAUAUUUUAUCAGCAGUUCUAAGAGUGCCAUCACAAGGGAGAAUAUAUAAAACAUUUUCUACUUGUGGGUCUCAUGUGUCCAUUGUUUUCUUGUUUUAUGGAACAAUUUUAGGUGUGUACAUUAGCUCUGCAGUGACUGACUCUCCUGAAAAGACUGUAGUGGCCUCAGUGAUGUAUUCUGUGGUUCCUCAGAUGUUGAACCCAUUUAUCUACAGCCUGAGAAAAAAGGAUAUGAAGGAAGCCCUGAGAAAAUUAAUCUCAAGGGUUUGGGCUGGUUUACAAUGGCAUUAA